UCCCACAUCGGCAUCGUUAAUACUCCGUCUCUGUCCGUCCGUACUGGAGCAGGCUGGAGUUCAAUACCUGCUCAGUGCAAAGAUCGGCAUUCUAGCUUCCUAGCAGUCUGAAUUGAGGCUAUCACCAGCACUCGGUCCACUCCCCAGAUUCUUCUCGCUCGGCUCUAUCAGUCAAAGCGGGCUCUCCCUGUGCCGCCUCGUUGAUCGUUUUACUAGCACCAUCCGUUUACGGCACGGACUUCACCAAUUACCGCCCUUGACCGCGUACUGUUGUUGCGCAUCGUCCUCAUUCAGCAUCACAGAGCCCUCGCGGUGCAUCUUCCAACCACCUAAACUGCUCACAUUGCCCAUCGUUCAUCGAUCGUCUACACAAAUGGCCAUGAAUGAAACGUCACAUCUCCCAACAGACCAUCAAGAGCGCGCAGGUCGUCGCCGCCCUUUCGCUACCUGGGUCAAGAAACUAGCCAACUUCAAGGCUGCGACGUCGUCUACAGGUGGGAACCGAAAUGGCCACUCUAAGCGCGACGCUGCCUUCAAGGGCUCCAAGAAGCGAGCAUCCAAAAACAACAACCCCUACCCGCAAUCCGGCCGUAUCGCCGCUGCACGCACCCCGCGAACUAAUCAGUCGCCCUCGACUUCACAAGCUGGCUUAGGCUCGAAUCAAUCGCUAGAUCGAAGCCGAGACUCGAGCCCAUCAUCCGCUGACGAGAGUCCCCAUCGCGCAACUCGUGCUAAUUCAACGGCACCUACGCUAUCUACAGAUCAUCACUCUAUUCAUGCACCGUCACAUAUGGCAUCAUCUGUAGCUGGGACGAGUCGGACUGCUGGUGGCGGCUUCGAUGCACGUAGAGGAGGAGACAGCACAUUCUCGUCGCCGGCUCCAUCAGUACGAUCCCUCACCACCACGCUCACCACAAUCCAAUCGCUGGCUCCGAACGGCGGCACAAACGGUGGACAUACUACUGGUGGUCAUUCGUCACACCAAAGCAAUACUCAAACAAUACAAUUUACACAGCCUUUUCCUACGAAUUCUCCCGCCUCCGCCAUCCCGCCGCAUCUUGCGCCUCAUGGACACCCCACAACCUACAACUCGGCCACGGCCAACAAUCUCUUGACAGAUAACGCAUCGAUUCUCACGCUGGCCUCUUCCAGCAAGCGGCGACGUAGACGAUCCAUGGAUACCGAUGCUUCAGUUCGCGCUCUAGCUCCAUCAUCGGUCUGGGGAGGCAGUCGCGAGAGCCUACCACUAAGCGUACUCAGCGCCAAUAUGGAUGGCAUGCGAGACAUUCCUCCGACACCAGGUUUACAUCAAUCGAGCACAAGGAUCGCGGGCAACGAACGGACAAGCAUAUACUCAACAACUGGUAUAGCACCCGCCCUUCCUGGUGAACGCAAUAGUCUCUAUGCUGGCAAGCAGAGCAUGGGAGACGGUGCGAGUAUCCGUAGUAGCCUUCCCGGCCAUGGCAGGGCCGAUAGUAUCAGCGGUAGUGUUGCCGGCGUUAACAGCCCGCUAGCAAGUCCAAUGGAAGUAUCUGAAAGAAGCCCUAUGGAUAAGGAUGAAAACCAGGCACUGAAGGAGAAGGGGAAAGAGAAGGAUUAAAGAAGAAAGGCGUACUGCCUCAGAGCCGUGGUGUAUAUCAGCCAGAGUCCAUAUUUCUGAAGACCUAGCUAUUUACUCUCGGGUUGAACUACGUCCUUUCUAUUGUACGAUUUUUUGCAGCUAGUAUGAUUUCCAUUAGCGGACCACUACUAUACGGAGUCUGGAGAUGCUCAUUUUAAAUACGGGAAGUCAGAGCACGGCAGGGCGGGCGGCCAUGUUGGGUGAUUAGGCGUCGGGAUCGGAUUACAUAAUUGAUACCCGGGUUUUUUGGUCUUAUGCCACAGCAUUUCAUGUUUUGGAGGACUAGUAUGAAUUCGCUAAUGGUUGCGAGAGUGGACGAC